AUGUCUUUCAAGUCUUAUGGCGAUCGCAUUGAUCCACUCAAGUCCCAUCUGACCAUCGUUAAUCACCGCUCAGAUGUGGACUGGCUUCUCGGACUGGCGUAUGUCGCACGCUUUGGAUAUCCGUAUCCUGGAAAUGCGAAGUCUGUUGUCAAGGCUUCGUUGGGCAAAGUACCACUUUUUGGAAACAUACUGAAAUUUGCUGAGUUUGCAUUUUUGACCAGGUCUUGGGGUGCCGACAAGGACAAGUUUUUCAAGGCUUUGGCCUCGAUGGGAACCUACUCAGAAACGGGAAAUCCUCUUUGGUUUGUUCUCUACCCUGAGGGAACCCGUUUUACAGAGGAAAAGCAACAGUACUCCGAAGCGUACGCUGCCACAAAACAACUUGCGCCGACGACGCACGUCCUGUUCCCGCGAUAUAAGGCAUUCACUGCAAUCGUUUCCGCAUUGCGUGACAAAUUUGAUGGUGUCAUAGACGCGACGUUCAUGUUCGAGGGUGAAGAGCCUGCGAUCAAACGGGCACUAGCCGGGAGGGUGUCUACAGUUGUCCAUGUACAUGUUAAGUUUUAUCCAAUGAAGGAUUUACCGGAGGCAGAGGAGGAUCUUGAGAAAUGGCUUCUCGAACGAUGGUACGAGAAGGACAAGCGUAUUGCAGAUUUCAACAAAGACAUUUCGACUCUGGGAAGACCAAACGAAGAAGAAUCGGAUACUAAGUUUUCAUCAGCUCGUCCUUUUCAUGCGCUUGUCGCUGUGUAUGGCUUCGCAGCAGCAGCCACGAUUUACCUUUUCUCCAAUAUUCCUAACGGUUUGUACUUUCUGUUUGCAUCAAGCUUUGGGGCAGUAGCGUUGACAGGGCUGUUCACGGCAAUGAAUAUCAGACCAUCGCGGAAAGGUUCUGGAUCCUCUAAGAAAAAGAGGUAA